AUGAAUAAACCUGAGAAAUACGAUGCCUUACUUAAAACUAAUCGUACAAUGAUCAUCAGACCGAAACUGUCAAAACAGCUACCACGUUAUCAAAAGUCACAUUUUAAUACUAAUAAAUAUCAUAUCUACAAGACAAACGAUCCAUAUAUUAACAAUUUACAACUGAUGAAAACAAGAGAAACUAUCUCAAAAGAUGGAUACGACAGACGAUUACACCGACUUCAUCGUCAUGAUGAUAAUGAUGAUGACGAUGAUAUUGAGUCUGAGGAUAGCUGUGAUAAUGAAGACGAGAAUAUAAGUGCUUUUGUUAAUGUUAAUAUGAAUGAGAAUGAUCAAUCUUCACUGACAGACAGUGGUGCUAAACAAACGAGUAGCAGUCAACUGGACUAUUUGAAAAGUUGUCUUAUCAAAGGAUCAAAUUCCAUUCAAGAAUUAUUUAAACUUUCUGAUAUAUUUGAAUAUAGCAAUAAUGGUGGAGAGGUGAAUGACCAAAGUGUCAAUCAAAAUGAUGCCUAUUAUCACACAGUCGACUUUUUACAAGUAUUUAAUCAACAGUAUGUUUUAGAUCUUCCGUGUAAUCCAUCCUUUUUGAUUGGUCGUUUAUCAACUGCAGUUAUACGUAGUUUUGAUUUGAAUAAAUUCAAGCAAAUUCGACCAUUACUUAUCUAUCUACACGAUAGUCAAGCAGAUGGUGCUAUGCACUUCGUUUCAAAUGUGCUAUGCUCAAAACGUUUUACAGGCAGACUUUAUGAAAAUAAUCUAUUGAUAUGGCCAUUAGAUAUGACAAAUAUGACAAAGUCAAGUAAUUAUUAUAUGAAGAAUAUCAUUCAACAAUAUGAAAAACAGAAAAGACAAUCUCACUCUUCGUCAUCUUACCAUCAUCGUCCUCCUCAACCUCCGCCUCCUCCGCAUAGCUCACUUCAAAGGCGAAAUCCACAUGAUAUACUGACAUCAUCAUCAGAGGUGAGACAAUCAAAGUCAGAUAUGGCAUCAAGAUUUCAAGCAACUAAUAAACAUCAUCACCUUCAACAACAACGCCAACAACAACCGUAUUAUCAUCAUCCGGAUGGACAUACACAACGGGAUGACGAUCGCUCACGCAAGUCGUCUACAACUUCACGUACAGAAUUUUAUACUGGAGAGUAUGAAUCUUCGCUAGAUAAUGAAAACAACUUUUACAAGUGUACUACACAAAAUAACAAUAGAAAUCAAUUUGCGAAGAAUAAAGGAUCAAUAAAUGCUCAAAGGUUAUUUAGCUGUUUUGAGAAACAUCCAGCUGGUGAAACAUUUAAACAGAUUGUAAAGAUAUCUGCAUUACCUGUACUUGUCAACUUAAAAUGGCAUAAUGAAUAUUUCUUGGUAUCACAUUUAUUAUUGCCAUCUUCAACAACUAAAGAAAGUCUAAACUGGAUUGGAUCAGUUUUAAAGCUGUAUGCAAACGAGGUUUCUUUGUGUUAA